GAACGCAUUACGCGCGGUGUUCAUCUGAUCAAAUUUCGUCGUUUACCUUUUCGUGCGUAGCGCGGAUCGGCCCAGACUCUAGCACGGACACCACACACACAACCGCAUACAAUCAUACAUACCCACACACACACGCACACAGAUGCGAUCUAACUGUGUCUUUAUGUGAACGAGUGUUCCUGUGUGUGUUUAUCUGUUAAUACUUUUAUAAUUUUUUUUUUCUCUUUUGUUUGCGUGUCUAUGUUUGUGUGAGAGACAUUUGGUGGUAAAACGUUAACAAUUGUAGUAAAAAAAAAAAAGAAAAACAAACAAACAAAAAGGAAGUUCAAGCCGCAGCAGCAGCGCAGCAACUAAAGUGCGCUGCACGCGCGCUGCAGGCAGCAGCAGCAGCAGAAAUGGCUCAGUGUUGUGAGACGACAACAACAACGGCAACAAUGUCCUCACGAUUUGGCAGCACUGCCAGACAGUCGACGCUGGCGUCCGCAUUGCUAUCUAGUUUGGCUCCAACCGAUGAGGACAACCCAUCCGAGCUACCUUCCACAACAACAACAGCAGCAACAACAGCAGCAGCAGCAGCAGCAACAGAAGCUAUAACAACAACAGUUGCUGCCAAAUUGUUGCCGACGCUUUAUCAAAAAUUGACGCCUGCUAAACAAGCAUCCGCCCAAAACUUGGCCAAAGACAAUAACAAUACCAAUACGAUAACCUCUAAAUACGCCAACGCAUCUGAUUCGAAUUCCAUAUCCAAUUCCAUAACCGAUUCCAUAUCCAAUUCCAGUUCACAGUGCAACUGUUGCUGCUGUGCUGAUAGUUUGCGAAUCUCUGGCGAUUUGUUGCAACAACAGCUGGAGCAGCAACACGCCGCAGUUGCCGCCGCAUCCGUUGUAUUGGCCAAACAGGUGGUACGCUCCGUGACAGCCAGCAGCAUCAUGGAUAUGCCCUAUAACACCUCGCCGUCGCUACGCGUACGGACCACCUCGCUCAAUCAGCUUAAGAAGACAGCCGAUCUGGCCAUCGAGAAUGAGCUGCAUGUCUGUCCAUCAAUAAUGUCCGAUGAGCUGCGCAAAUUGUUGCCGCCCACAUCGGAAACGGUUAUGACCAAACCAUUUCCGAUACGCGGUGAACGCACCAUAGCCGAUUGCACAACACCGCAUGUGAUUGCCAUGGUGGGUCUGCCGGCCAGGGGCAAGACAUUUAUAUCAAAGAAACUGGCACGUUAUCUUAACUGGAUUGGUAUUGCGACGCGUGUCUUCAAUUUGGGUGAAUAUCGUCGGCAUGCAACAACCGCAUACAAAUCUCACGAAUUCUUUCGUGCCGACAACGAGGAGGCCAUGGCCAUACGGAAUCGUUGCGCCAACCAGGCACUGCACGAUGCCUGCGAAUGGCUAUUGAGCGGAUUAGGCAGCAUUGCCGUAUUCGAUGCGACCAAUUCGACGCACGAUCGUCGCCAAUUGAUCUAUGAUAUUGUUGUUAAACAGCAUGGCUUUCGUUUGUUCUUUGUGGAAUCGAUAUGCGAUGAUCCGCAAAUAAUUGAACAGAAUAUACUGGAGGUGAAGGUUAGCUCGCCGGACUAUAUCAAUAUGAAUACAGAGCUGGUUGUACGCGAUUUUCUGCAACGCAUCGAACACUAUGAGGAACGCUAUCAGCCAAUUGAUGAGAUUGCCGAAUCCCAUCUGAGCUUCAUGAAGGUCUACAAUGCCGGCAAAAAGGUGGUCGUCUACAAUAACGAGGGUCAUGUGGAAUCGCGCAUCGUAUACUAUCUGAUGAAUAUACAUAUAACGCCGCGCACCAUUUAUCUGACACGUCACGGCGAAUCUGAGCACAAUUUGAGCGGCCUAAUUGGCGGCGAUUCCAAUUUGAGUGCACGUGGUCAUCAGUAUGCACGGGCCUUGUCCUCGUUUAUAGACCAGCAACAGAUUGAUGGCUUGCGCGUAUGGACAUCGUGGAUGAAGCGUGCCAUACAAACGGUGGCGGAUGUUAAGGCGCCGCAGGAACGCUGGAAGGCGCUCAACGAAAUCGAUGCCGGACACUGUGAGGAGAUGACCUAUGAACAGAUCAAGGAACGCUUUCCCGAGGAGUUUAAGGCGCGCGAUGUUAACAAGUUUGCGUAUCGUUAUCCGCGCGGCGAAAGCUAUGAGGAUCUGGUGGCCAGACUCGAGCCCGUCAUUAUGGAACUAGAGCGGCAGGGCAAUGUGCUGGUCGUAUCACAUCAGGCCGUAUUGCGUUGCCUGUUCGCCUACUUUCUGGACAAGUCAGCCGAUGAGCUGCCGUAUCUGUAUGUGCCGCUGCAUACGGUUAUUAAACUGACGCCCGUCGCCUAUGGCUGCAAGGUGGAGCACAUUAAGCUGCCCAUCGAUGCGGUCGAUACGCAUCGACCGAAACCAAAGAUACCCGGCGAUGUUACCCAACCGGGCAUGGAUGGUCUCAGCGGUGAGCUGGUCGCGCCCGAUGGUGUCGGCAAGGUGCUCAUCGUGGGCGAUGAUGUGGCAACGGCAACGGCAGCCUCCUCCUCCUCCUCCAACACCAACACCAACGGCAACGGCAAUGGCAACGGCGGCGCUCGUCUUGAUACCCAAUGACAUUGCCUGCGGCCCAUCCACAAGCCAACCAAAUCCAAGACAUUGUAAAAGCCAACAACCCCAACCCAAACGAAACCUAACGAACCCAAAGUCCGAUCAACCCACUAAAAAUAGCAAACAUAUAGCACUCAGCAUACACAGCGCUGGCGUUGUAAUGUUAACAGCAGGCUUAACAGUCGCUGUUAGCACAGCACUUACAUUAACAGAGACAGUUUACGUACGGCAUUAUGUAUUGUGGCCGGCCAUUAGAACCAACUGUUGCUUACAGUUAUUGGCUGUUCAAAUUCAAUGUUAUGCUAACAGGUGUUUUAACAGUUGCAGAUAACAUACAAUAAUUAUGCGCUUAGCAACAGCAACAGCUUAAAUGUCUGCUAAAUGGCUUUGUACUUUGUGCUGUUAACAUUUUUAACAGUAACUUAAUAAUCGACAGCAGCAAAUAUUAUUAACAUUACCCAAACACACACGCACGCGCACACACACACUUUAACAGCAACUGCAGCUGCUGUAGCUUGUAAUGUUAUUCCGUAUCAUUUAACAGUGUACUUACAUGAACACGAAACAAAAGAUCUUUACAGUCUGCUAACAGUCAUUGUUUGAAUGUUAACUGUUACAGUAAACGGUGCUGUACUUUACAUAAUGUUAACGCGCUCUCUUUAAGAGCUGCUGUUAGCAAUAACAGUCGCUGACUUUUUUUAUGCUCUUUGUCUCUGUCUCUCUCACUCUGUUAGUUUUAUGCCGUUUGCCUUUAGAUUUUAUAACUUUUUGUUUUCAACUCGAGAUUUUUUUUAAAGUUCAUUUUUGAAAUGUUAUUUGUGCUAAAUUGUGAUUGGAAUGACGCUGUUAUAUUGAUGUACUUUACACAAAACUUAAGAGACACAAGAACUUAAACAUAAACCGUAGCCUAGUGUGUAAGACGAUAUAUAUUUUUUUAAAACAUUUACUUUUUGUGAACAUUUACUCAGAUUUUUACCACUAUAUUCAUUGUUUGUCCUUUUUUUUUCUCUCUCUCUGUCUCUGUCUCUCUGCUAGCAAUGUAAGCGCGCAGCAAUUAGAACUGAGAGGUUUGCUUUAAAAUCAGAUAUAUAUAUAUAUAUUUAUGCAAUUAAAUACAAUUAUAAAUGCGUAUAUUUAUGUACGAGCGAAAUAAAUGAUGAGCGUUUUACUUGAAACGUUAGCCAACACUUGAUUGUAACUGUACUUGUCGUAAGUUUUUUCGAUUUCGAUUCCGUGUCUUUUGUCUUUUGUCAAGUUUGGAUGCAACAUUUUUUAAAUUCAUUUAGAAUUUAUUGCGUUUACAAAAUAUAAACUCUAAAAAUAAACU